AUUCUUCUCCCUUCCAAUUUUUUCUUGCCCUAGAUUACUCCCCUUUUCUCUUCAGCCGCAACAUUAAUUAUCUCCCAUUUCUCUUCGAAAUCAACUCAUUAUUCGUCGAAUUCCAACACUUCUUUAGCUCUAUUUUACCGUUUUCGGCCGAAAUUCAUCGAAUUUGUAAUCUUUGCAGCUCUAUUUUGUCUUUUCGGGCCGAAAUUUGUUGAAUUUGAACCCUUUUCAGCUCUAUUUAACUGUCUUACGGGCCGGAUUUCGUUGAAUUCGAACCCCCUUUCAGCUCUAGUUUGCUCUCUUUCGGGCAGAAAUUUGUUGAACCCUUUUUCAGCUCUAGUUUACUGUCUUUCGGGCCGGACUUUGUUGAAUUUGAAUCCUUUUUCAGCUCUAUUUUACUCUUUCAUGGCAAAAAUUUGUCGAAUUUGAAGCUAUUUUCAACGGAAAAUGAUGAAGUUGAAAGGAUUCUAUGUGAGGGUUUUGUUUGGUGUGGGUAUAGUGAGGUAAUGGAAGCUUUGAAAGGACCUGUUUUGGUUGAGGUGGAUGUGAGUAAGCUUAUGGGAUCAGAAAGUUUCAGCGCUGGUGGUGGCGAUGGCGGUGUUGGUGGUCGUAAAGUGGAGAGAUCGAAUAUUGUGAUUGCGCCUUCUAUUGAAAGGAUCAGUGGUUCAGUUAGACGAAAAGAGAUAGCCUUUUGGAGUAAGAUGCCCCAGAAUGAAUUUGCUGGUCAUCAAUCCAGACACCAUCUCCAGGAUGCUUCAGAAGACCAGAGUUUCGGGAAGACAAGUUCUAUUCUUCCAUUGACUCUUGGGCUAGAGGCUGCACAGUCACAUCGGAAAUUUGGGAAAGUGGGGAGAAAUAGUACUUCUAAUUCUAAGAGGUCAAGGAUAAUGCAGAUGGAUAUUUCUGAAAACAAAGUCGGUGAAGAUGGAAAAGGCAUUUCUACUGAGCUUUCAACAAAUUCUACAAAUUGCAAAAAUGGAGAGAGGACUCAGAUGCUUAAGCAAAGGCAGAAUUCUAGUGGCAAGCGAAGUGAUAAAAGAAAUGGCAAAGUUACCAAAAGUAAUUUCUCUAUAAAGAGCUUGGUUGGCUUCGGUUCAGCUGCUGGAGGAAGAAACUUUCUUGGAAUGUAUGGCUUGAAAUCUGAUGUCAUGGAUGUCAUAAAAGAUGUAGAUGAUCUGCCUUUGAGGGAACUACUUGAUGGCAGUUAUAAGUGUGCACCUCUUCCUGAAGAUAAGAGACACAAAGCUUCAAAUUCUAAUGACAAGCUCAUGCAGUUGGUUAAAGAUACCAACUCCAUUCUUCGACUGCAAAAGUCUGCACAGAUGCAGAAUUGUUCUAAUGUUGAUAGCAAGCUCUCUUGCGUCAAUUCUUAUACCAGCUCAUCUUCAGCAAGUCAAAUUGAUGGAGACAAGGGAGAGACCAGGACGGAUAAUCUGUCUUCUUCUGAUCAGGUACAGGAGUACAGUGGCAAGGUUCAAACAGUUGCUACAAUGUGUCAUUCUCCAUCAUAUACACCAAAGGAUGUGUUGGAGCGCCUUGCACUCACUCCAUCCAAGGAUUUGGAUUUUUUACUUAUGGACACAGUCAAGACUGCAUCUUCAAGAAAUAGCGGUGAUCUUCGUCUAAGCAAGCCACCAUCUCAGCGAAAUGGCUUGCCUCCUUUUCCUUGGUCGCAUAAUUGUUCUGGGCAUCCUAAACCUGUUCCCGAUUCAGCGAAAUUAUCUACAAGUAAGAUGAUUUGCCAAGGUAGAUGGGUAAGAGUGGAGAACACUUCGACUCCUCUGAAAGGUUCUACUAGUUUCCUUGUGGAAUUGCAAUCACUCACUGAUAAUCACAAACUAGUUUCAAAAGGAGUUCAAGUGUCUGGGCCUUCAAAAAAAGAAAAUGCUUCAUCAAACCGUGAUGGCUUUGCUACAUGUGAAAGGAUUUCAUCAUCAGUUGCAGCCAGCAACACUUCAGAAGUUCCACCAGGGAUAUUGGUUGCUGCUGAGACACUAUGCAAGAUUGCUGCACAUUCGUUGAAGCAGAACACUGAAGUAACAACCAAAUUGCUGAAGAAACCUUCUCAGAAGGGUACAAGAGCAUGCAAGUUGACUGAAAAAUCUGAAAAUCAAUUUAUAGCACCAAAACCAGUGAUGGAAUCAAAUAAUCUGGUUGAAAUUGCUGAUGGGAUACUUCCAUCGAAGAAGCUGCGUCUUUCGGUCAACUUCAGAAAACCUGAUAGGAAAGGACCAAUACCUUAUUCAGCCGAAUCAAUAAGAUCAACUCCUGUUAAAUCUUUUAGGGAGUCGGAAGGUUUCAGUAACAGCUCUGUAAAUAAACCAUGUAUGAUGUCCCCAUAUGCAAGGGUGAUCGAUAAGGCUUGUAGUAGUAGUGACCAAAAGCUCAGGAAGGUAGCUGCCAAUGGAGUGGAGCCAAGGAGAUGACAGAAUGUUGGACUGAGCUCAUUAUGUAGUGGAUCAGACAAGAACCCUUACUGUUGCAUCUGUCUAUUCCUUCUAACUGCUGUUAGACAUGCAAAAUAUGGUAGGAUUUGUAUAGCCUGUCACAUGGAAGAAAUGAUUGUUGUAAUCUUAUGCUGGGUUGGGUUUAGGGUUUAGGCGGUGGAUCGUUGUGCUUGUUCCAUUAUCUGUAAUAUGGAUGCCAGAUGAUGCAUCAGAGACGCUUUCGGCAUUGCCUCAGUGUACAUCAUUAAUGAGGCAAAAUAGUAGAGAUUCUCUAUGUAACCUCUGGUAUUCCGGACAUUCCUUGCGUGUGCAAAUGUAUUCAUUAUGUAAUGUUUAUGAUGACGCUCAGGAACAUUUUCAUACUCGAA